GCCGCGGAACCCAUGGUCAGGUUCGGCCUCACCGGCGGACCCACCUGGCGCCUCUGCGGGCGCGCUCGCUUCCUGGCAGCCUGGGCGCUGCCGGGGUGUGCUGUGCUCGCCACCCGCCAACUUUCCCAUUUUCACGACGAGCCGUGGGAAGCUGGCCAUCCCCGUGCCUGCGGCGCCCGCGUGAGUCCCUGGCCGCGUCCUCUGUGCGAGUCCAGACCCGUGUGUCUCCCACCGCCCGCCUGACUUCUCCCCCGGCGUCUGGUGGGCGCCCCUCCCCCGGGGAUGAAACCCCCCAACGCGGCCCCAGCUUUGCCCGGGAGCUCGGUCGUCACGAGGGUCGCCCUCUCCUGCCGUUGCCGCCUCCGCCUGUUCUCAGGCCCGCAGGGAGGCCGAGGAGAUCCUAAGAUCCUCGUUCCUAGCUGCCUGCCAGCGUCCUCGGCCCGGCCCUGAGGAUGGACCCAGGAGAUCCCGCUGGUGACCCUGCUGCUGGUGAGCGCUGCCGCACGGGCCAGGACCCCCUCCUGCUCCUGCAGGCCCUGCAGACCCUGUGGUCCACGCGGGAGCGGCAGCAGCUCCGGGAGGAAGCCUGGCGGGGGUUUGCUGCCCUGGACGACCCCCUGGCUGGGCUUCUGGACAUGCUGGAGAGCUGCCGGGGCCGGCGGGGAGAGGGCCCCUCCCUGGAGGCCUGGAUCUCCCACCAGCUGCAGUGCUGGCUACAGGCACAGCCACGCCCGAGCCCAGCCCAGCACAGCCUGAGGCUGAAGCAGCUGCAGGCCCGAGCGGUCAGAGUCCUCACUGAGAGCCCCACCAGCCUUGUGGCACCACUGGCCAGCAUCUUCCAGCUGCAGGAUGCAGACAGGAGCUGCCUGCUGGUGCACGUCCACCGCCUCCACCACGAGGGCAGGUUCAGAGAAGCAGUCAUGCUGGGCACGACGUUGAAGCUGCAGCCAGAACUUGAUGUUGAAAAGAUGAGCAUCCCACUGCUCCUCCAGGACAAGGUGGCCCUCGUGGAGCGCUACGUGGCCGGCUUCCCGGACCUCCAGAGGAGGCUGCUGGCCCUCAUGGAUUCCUGGUGCCAGCCCGGCUUUGACAUCAAGGACGUUGCCAGACAGUACCCUGAGGUGACCUCCUUGAGCCUGGAGAAGCUGAGUCCGAAGGUGCUGAGCAGGCAGGUCUUGCGUCUGCAGGAGCGGUACGGCGUAGCCCUGGCGCUGUGUCCCAACGCGGCCAUUCAGCGGCGCCUGGCGGCCCUGCGGCACCUGUGCCACAAGCGGUUUGUGGAGAAGAGCCUGUCUCAGGAGAACUGGACCGACCACGUGCAGGGCCUGGUGGGGCAGAGCCCGUGGCUUCAGGAGCAGCUGUCUCAGCUGCUGGUCUCCCACGGUGACACAGUCACGGCCGCCCAGUGUGCCAUGGACCUCUCGCUGCCCGAGGAGCGGCUGCCGGCUGCAGUGGCUGUGGAACUCCGCCGGCUCAGGCUCCAGGGGAGGGCGACAGAGGCUGACUUGAGGCUGGAGGUGAAGGACAUGAAGGACCAUUACUACCAGCUGCCCAUCCCCAGGGAGAACAUCCACCUCCUGGCCUCGUGGGAAGACCUGACCAGACACGAGGGUGCACUCCUGCAGUGCCACCAAGUGGUUGGUGUAGACCUGGAGUGGACACCUGUGUUUGUUGCUGGGGGCCGGCCUCGGCCAUCACUCCUGCAGGUGGCCGUAGAGGGCCACGUGUUCCUUCUGGACGUCCUGGCACUCUCGCAGCCACCAACAGGGCAGGGAGCCCAGGCCUUUUCCCAGCUGGUGGCCCAGCUCCUCUCGGACCCCUCUAUCACCAAGCUGGGCUACGGGAUGGUGGGGGACCUGCAGAAACUGGGCACGUCGUGCCCCGCCCUGGCCCAUGUGGAGAAGCAGAUUCUGGGCGGCAUGGACCUGCUGCUGGUGCACAGACAGAUGCGGGUGGCGAACAUGCCAGCCCCAGGCGUGGACAGGGCCAGGGAGCUGAGGGGCCUGAGCCUCCUGGUGCAACAGGUGCUGGGCACAGCCCUGGACAAGACGCAGCAGCUGUCCAACUGGGACCGGAGGCCGCUCUGCGAGGAGCAGCUCCUCUACGCAGCUGCCGACGCCUACUGCCUGCUGGAGGUGCACCAAGCCCUGUGCAGAGAGCCCGCCCGCUUCCACCUGUCGGAGGAGCUGGCUGGGAGCCGGAGGCCCAGGCACAGAGAGAGACCAGGGGCACAGAAGCCACCCGGCCUGCAGAAAGCGUCAGCACCGGCCGCACCCAGGCAGGUCCCUGUGGCUGUGGCUGUGGCUGAGGGCGCCGCCCCUCAGGUCCCGGCCAGGGCCUUCCGCGUGGUGUGUGACAACAUGCUGCAGGGGCUGGCACGGAGCCUCCGCUGUCUGGGUGUGGAUGCACGCAUGCUGGGCAACGGUGAAGACCACCGCAGGGCGGCCGAGGUUGCCAGGCAGGAGGGGAGGAUCAUCCUGACGUCGGGGCAGCCAUUCCACAAGCUCCGGGCCCAGGUCGGGGCUGGGCGCUGCCUCUCGGUUGACUGCUCCCUGAAGGCCCACCAGCAGGCCAAGGCUGUGCUCAAGCAUUUCAACGUGCGCGUCACCCACGCAGACAUCUUCAGCCGCUGCCAGUUUGCUCUAAAUGAGCAGAAAUGUCCUGUUGCUCCAGAGUGUGCUCCUGCAGCCCCAUCGCCCUGCCUGGUGGCCUCAGGCCUUGACUCCUCCUGGACCUGCCUGCGGGGUUGGAAAUCCCAGGUUGGCAUCUCCUGCAGGAGUUCCACCCAGGCCAGGGCCGCAGCCCGACGGACCCCACCUCCCACACCCGCCAUGGGGCCCAGAGGGAGGAGUGCAGGAGACAGGCCUGGGUUGAGGUUGCAACAAGCUUGCUCUUUGCUCAGAAACAGGAGGCCCCAAAGAGGCCCCUCAGGCCCCUGCCACCCUCACACUCCCACCCCACCUUCUCAGGGGGUCACGUCUAGCUGGGCUUGGGCACAGAGCAGAAACCCCUCAGGCCAGAUCACCCGAGGGACCUGGGCUCAUUCCCAGCCUGGUGGUGGGACCUGAGCUCUACUGGGCCAGGAGAGCAGGGGCUGUGGGAAUCCCCAGGGUGGCCGGCAUGCAGGAGGGAUGCUCAGGUCACCUCGGCCCAGGCCCAGCAGACACCUGGCCCAGUCUCUUGGAGGAGCAGAGCUCCCUUCCCAGGCUCCCAACCCAACAGGCCACUGCCUGCUGCCCUACACCCUAGGACAUGGGUUCCCCACGUACUCUGGCCCUGGCAGGUCCCAGGGCUCAUGUCUCGCCCUCCUCUUUCCCUCAAGCCCCCGACUUGUCAAGACCCAAGGCCUCAGGGGUGUGUGGGGUCCAAGGGUGUUGUAUGCAGGGGCUUUGUGCAGCUGCCCAGACCUGUCUGCCUGGGAGCGCCCAGUCCUCCCUCACCUGUGCACCAGCCACCUAUUGCUUGGGAUGCAUAGGCUGGCACCCCUGCAGGCCUGCAGCCUGGGGCAGUGGGUGUGACCCCUGCACCCAAGUGGGCACCAGGUCAGGUGGGCACACAGACACUGCUGGAGGCACAUUCUGCAGCCCAGCUCUGGCUCCUUCAGCUGUGGUCACUCCCUUGGUGGUGGGGGUGGGAAUUGGGCCUACUCGUGGGUGUGGCUCCCAGCUUUGAUGCUCAGAGCCCCCAAACACCCUGGGAACAGACCCCUCAAGCCCUCCUAGCUGCCCACCCCACCCCAACACAUCUUGGCCUCUGCCUUGGUCCUGAGUGCGCCUCCCCGGUCGGCCAGCUCUGGGGCAGUGGCUGACCAGCUCUUUCCCUCACUCCUCCUUGGGCCAGGAAAGGAGAGGGCCCUGGAGGGUGGGCGUCCACUCAGACCCACUUGGCUGUGGGUCCAUGGGCCCCAACAUCCCCAGGACAGCCUGGCUGGUGGCCCGGCCCCCAGGAGGCAGCCACACGCCCACGGGCUCAUGGCCCGGCCCGCACAGUCCCGGGCAGAAGUGCCCUGUGUCAUGGCUGGCACGGCGCUGUUGGCACCCAGUGGCUGAGGAGCGUGGGAACCAGGCACACGGGGGAAUCCUGGGCAGGUAGCUGGAGCCUUCCCAGCCAGUCCUGCCCCCCAUUCACCUGGGCCCUCCUACCCUGCUAUCCCAGUCAGGCUCUGGGGGCGGCGGCUGCCUGCCCUCAGGCUCUCAGACUGGAGGGGGUGGGGUGGAGGUGCCCAGGCACCCCGCUGUGCUGCUCUGGACCCACAGCCUUGGCCUCUGCUCAGGGUCCCCGUCAGGCCCCACUUGUCUCUGCCCAGACCCGACGGCACCCUGGAGUGGGUGUCUGUGCGUCCCACUGAUGGAGGGAGGCGGCGUGAGAACCUGGCAUGGGAUCCUGGCCCACCGAGUGCCCUGUGACUGAGCAAGCCCUCAGAAGCCCCUUUUCUUCAAAAUGGGAGGGCAGAGGCUCUCAGACCCCGAGUGCUGGGGGACGGGUCUCAGGGUAUCAGGCAGGUGGUCUCAGGUGGACGAUCACCGUCCAAAGGCCAGGCGUGCGCUGGGCCACCAGCCCCACUCACUCCCUCACCCCACGGCAGCCACCCGCCCAGGGCAGUCGGUCCGGCAAGGGCUGCUGGCCCUGGAGUGGACAGAUGGACAGGGAGGCCCUCGCUACCAGGCCCCCCUGUGGCUGGGGAGCCCAGGGCCAAGGGCGGGCACAGCAAGUGGGCCCAGAACCGGCUUUUCCAGCCCUGGCCGGGGCAGGGCCUCCCAGGGCCUUGUGGGUGACAGCAAGGCCCACAGCGGGCAGCAGCCGUGGGAAAACCAGCACCAGUGGUUCCCGAGGGUGGGGCCAGGCCCUCACUGACGGCACCCGGUGACUCAGCACGAGCUGGCUGGCCCCGCCCAGGCGUGCGCACCUGGCCCAGGUCCUGGGAAGGCCCUGGACCCCAUGUGGAGGAUUUGGGGGCGUGGGGAGCCCACCCCGCCCUGCUGCAGCCUCGCCACCCCUCCCACACCCACUGGCGCUGUCCCUGCAGGUGGCCUGCACAGUGGAGAGUGGGGCUCUGUGGAGGGUGGACCACCUGCUUGUUCUCAGCCCUUCCCAGCCAGACCUGCAGCCAGGGCUCUCCACCCGAAUACCUGCCCAGGAAGCCUGCUGUACCCAGAUCUGGGCUGGGCCCAGAGGCUGGGUCACAGGACCUGCCGUCAUGGCACAAGGAGCUUCCUGGUGGGAGAGAUGGGAGCUAGGGAAAGAGGAAGGGAGGGUCCUGUCUCCCUAGCCCAGCCUGGGUAUCCUAGCAGAAGAGCCCCACCUGUCCACCACCUCCAGCCCCAGGCUCCUGAACUGGUGGGGGCUGCAAUGCUGGAGGCAGGUAGUGCAGCCUCUUAGUGUCAAAAGGCCCAGGGGAAGACGGUGUGGGGCAGGGCCAGUGCCCCCAACAUGGCCACACCCGGAGGCUCCAGGGGCCUCGAGGUCACCUGCCUGCGGCAACCAUGUCAUCCGGGGCUAACCCAAAGCCCCUGCAUGGGGAGGGGUCCUGGAAUAGCCAUGUGACCACGGAUCUCGGCCUCCUCUUCCCUGCUCCCCUGCACAGAUGGCCUGGGAGCCCCACCUCCUCCCCAGGGUGCUCUGACAUCAGAAGGGCUGUGACGGGAAGGCCACACCUCCACAGGACCUGCAGGUGCCUGCCUGGGACCUGGCUCUCAGUGGGCACCCCGCCCCCUCCUGGCGUUGCCCGGGGAAUCCUGGGUAUCUGACCCGUCUCUUUGUCCAGGAAGUGACCACUGGGAAGGCCGUGUACCCCGCUCCAAGUCAGGACUCGGGUGUAAGCUGGUCCCAGCCUCCCGGCCGUCCUGCCCCCACCCCCAGCAUCGCAGUAAGCCUGGCGGGUUGAUCAUGCUCAGAAACCACCCAGAGGGGCUGGGCGUGGCACACACCUGGAGUCCCAGCACUUUGGGAAACCCGGACGGAAAGAUCACUUGAGCCCAGGAGUUCAAGACCAGCCUGGGCAAUACCAUGAGACCUCAUUUCUACGAAAAAUACAAAAAUUAGCUGAGUGUGGUGGUGUGCUACUCAGGAGGCUGAUGUGGGAGCUCAUUUGAGCCCUGGGGCUUCAGGCUGCAGUGAGCUGUGAUUGCGCCACUACAGUCCAGCCUGGGUGACAGUGAGACCGCAUCUCAAAAUAAUAAUAAUAAUAAUAAUAAUAAUAAUUAAUAAUAAUAAUGCAGCCACGGGGGCCUGUUGUGUGCCCUGGACAAGGCUCACAGUGGUGUUGCUCCAGCCCCCUCGCCACUUUCAGGGCCACACCCGCCCCAGGGCAGUGGGAGGUGCAGGUAUCAGGGAAAUGUGGAUGCGGAAAUGGACAGGUCAGGGGUUAGGGUAACUAUGGGGCUGCCCACGCUGACCCUUCAAGGCUGGGCCCUGUGUCCAACACCCCAGCUGAGGUGGCCCACGGGGGACCCAGACCUGGUUCUGCCCUCAAGGGCUCUGGGAUUGGAGAGGGCAGCUGGACAGAGAGGCCCACAAGUUCUCAAAAAACAGAGGAGGCUUCCUAGGGCCCACGAGAAGCCAGCACAGUCAGGGAGGGCUUCUAGGAGGUGGUGUGGCCUGAACCCCACAGGACUAUGCGUGGGGACAGGAGGGGACCCAUUAUCUGUCUCCAUGAAACCCCAUGGCCAGACCCAGAGCUUCGAGGAGCGAGCACAGGGCUGGGGUAGGGGGCACCCGGAGAAGCCCCGCCUGGGCCUCAGCACCCCCUCUGGCCCCCAGGCCUGUAACUGUGACCAGUACCUAAAGGUCUCCAGGGACAUGAUGAAGCAGCUCAUGUGGCUCAGCGGCCACCAGGAGGGGCCCAGGAGCUC